AUGUCUGCUUCAAUGCCGCAAAGAUCAACAACAUUUGGCAAUUAUAGCUUUGCGCACAAUCCACCAACCCCUCACAGUAACCAGCACAAUACAGAUGCCAGCUUCGGCUCUAGUCCUCCGGCGAUGGGAGGCAGCAAAUGUGCAUCCCAAAUGCUAGGUCCAAACGAUCACAGUUCAUCCGCGUCCUCGCAACGCAUUGCAACCAUGUCGGAUAGUAUGCGUGCCGUCGUCCCUAUGAUGGCAGAUACCAAUGUUUUCCUAUGGAUGUCAGAUAGUCCAUCGAGCAGAAAUGCUAUUUUACACAGUGGUUCCCCGUAUAAUUCACCAACCCCCCACGAUCUAGGAGGUCCAGAACCUCCAGUCAUCCAGCGACGGGAAGGGUCUACUUAUCUCCACGUUCAUUCCCAAUGGCCGAUCGGCCACACUUUGCCCAUGUCCUCACAAUGCAAUAUGACCACCUCGAAUACGCACUCCGUUGUCCCUAUGAUGGAAAAUCCCAAUGCUGCCUCGUGGGCACCAAACAAUCUCGGGGCCGCUGCCUCACUUGGCUGGCCUGGCGAGUCGCAAUUUGUGCCAUAUCUCCACGAACUAGGAGGUGCCAGCAUUGCAAAUGCCGGGACCGAUUGGCCAUACUUUGUCCGAGCCCUCGCAAUGGGGGAUGACCGCCUCGGAUAUACAUUCUGUCGUUCAUAUGACGACAAAUUCCAACGCUGUCUCGCGGACACCAAACAAUCUCAGGACCUCUGUCUCACUUGGCCCCUCACAAAGCGUGACAUGUGUUCAUGA